CGUAAGAAUAUCUGUGUUGUGUCUCCUCACAUAUAGUUGUUCACGAAGAUCGUCCUGUUCCUGUGAGAAAAUUAUAGGCAGUGUGAACUGAUAGGGAAAGAAUAUGGCUCAAGGCGAUCCAAUGAAAUGGCACUUGCCAGGAUGGAGGAUAGAACAAAGGUUUGCGCCUGGUGUCCUGAUCGGAAACUGGUCAGAGGAGAGAUAUACGUUCAAUAAGGGAGAUCAGAAACAUAACAGUACACAUAGAACAGAUUUCCGUAAUUUCAAAGGACACCGUCCUGAUGUGAUGGUAAGGAGGAAAGCCCUGCUGAAAAACAAUGGCCUCGGACCAGAGCAUAUAUUCCAUCACCAUGGUAAACGAUAUUCCAACAACGCUGUGUCUUGGUAUGAUGAGCAUUACAAUGGCCGUUGGACAGAAAACAACGAUCUUCCGGGAUUACGAGACUGGAAUGGUCACAAACUGUCAUGGGCACCAGAGAAAUCGGACUAUCCCCUCCAAGGAAAACCAACAAAUUUUGGAUUGCUACAAAAGCUUGAAAACAAGUGGUCAAACGAAAUUGCUGAUGAAACAAGGGGAGACUACUUAUCCACCUACCAGAACACCUUCCAUCAACACCCGACAGACACUAUGGUGAAGGCAAGAUUUGCAAUUCCUAAAAAUAUGUCUACGAGUCUUCACCCCGUCAAUAAAAUAAACAAAGAUUUACACCUCAGGAACACAUCGGUAUACAAAUCUCCGGAAAAGCUGCCAGCUCUGGCGAAUGUGUAAUUAUUGGAGCUGGGUAUAUCUGCUUUUUCAUCGUGUUCAAUCUGGACAUCAAUAUUUAGUACUGGUAUAUAAUACUAAGAAUCGAUUUGCAACAGUUUCAUUUAGAAAUGAAUUCUUUUACCAGACAGUAAGAGUAAGAUUGUGCUGUUGGAAUUGAAAGGUGAUUUACUAUGAUUUAAAACUACAAUUUUGAUUACAUGUUCAAUUAUGAAUUUCAGACGAUUUAAUUCGAAAUGUAGAUUCAUCUGAUUUCUUUUACAUAAAUAUUGUUUUUUGAUAUUUAUUUUACUGUUAUGUAACCAUUACAAGGGUAAUGUUGGUAAAGAAAAAAAUAUAAUGUUUAUUAACUGAUCAAAUUUUUAUCACUGAUACAAAAAAAUCUUUCCAUUGUUAAAAUCUGAUCCUUAUAAAACUUUCAUUUUCUGAAACAAAUAAUGUUUUUGAGAUUUUGAAUGUCACAAACUUGAAAGAGAAACCUUAGCUAUUCCUUCUGUACAUUUCAUACAGGUAUUCUCUCUUACCAAAACAUAUCUGGAAUAUUUCAGGAAUCAGAUAUUAUCAUAGUGCCUCUGUGAACAGCAUUAAUGUUUUUUUUCUAGAUUUUUUUUUGACCAUUUCAAUUUUUUCUGAAUAAAUCCUAGUACCUAGAUGUGUAGUAAUUUCUUUUAAAUUUUCCAAAAAAAAUCUUUUUUUCCCUUGUGAAGAUUGUAAAACAUACUUUAACUUUUAAAAUUAGGUCUUCCUUCUAACUUUGUGUUUUAUACUGGGAGAACUAUAGCAUUGUGGAGCCCUCUGAUCACCAAAAGUUGUUUGAUGAAAAAGAAAUAAAGUGAAUUUGUCAGUAUUGAUUACUACAUCAAAACUUAUUUAUUGCUUAUUAUAAUUAUGUAUAUAUAUAUAUUUCUUUCAUUAGCUGUAAAUAAUAUAUGCAAGUGUUUCUGCACCCUUUUCUAGUCUUUGUAUCAAAAUUAAAUUGGUCCUUGAAACACUGAACUGCAAAAACAUCAUUAUCUACAUGUAUUUAUAUAUAUAUAUAUAAACUCCACAAUUUUUCAGUAUUUAAUUAUAUAUAUAUAUAUAUACCUUUGUGACUUUUAUUGUUUACAUGCUGUGAUAUCUUUGAAAUCAUGUGAUAUUUUUAAACAUAUUUAAAAUUGAUUUUUAUACUUUUAAAAACACAAUUUAUAAUUGAUUGAAUUUGAUAUACUCAAUUUUUUUUAGUGUACCUUUAACAUAUUAAUUAAAAGUCUUAACAAGAUCUUGCAUUAAAUGCAAAUAGCAUAAAAAAGGAACACUUCAGAUCUAUGUACUUGGUGAAAAUGUGAAACUUUACCGUAAAGGAUAAAGUGAAAAUUUUGCUGAUAUGUAACAUCAAAAAUGUGAAGGACAGAAAUAGGUGAGGAUCAGAAAAGUGAAGAUUCGGCAAUGCAUGUUACAAAUUUAAAAGUGCUGAAAAAUAUUUUAUCAUUGAAGGAUCUGUCACUGAUAAAGUUCUGAUUCAUCAUCUAGAUUAAAUUGGGGACAUGUUUAUUUAUUAAAUAUGAAAUAUUAUUUAAACCAUUCAACAAUUAUUUGGUGAUUUGCAGCAUAUUUUCUUCUCAUCUGAAAUUUUCAAAUUUCCUCUGAAUAUUUGUUAUUUUUUAUUUUUUCUCUCUCUAUUAUGCUCAUAAAGUAUUUGCAUCUGAGAUCUCAAUGAACACUCGUUAUGAACUUGUAUUAUUACAAGUGUAUUACUCAAGCAGAGAUUUAGAUAAUCCAUUUUGAGGCCUGAUGUUAUAGCUAUACUCAGUAGAACUUGACUAGUUAAUUUCACUUCAGUAUUAACUCACAGUUUAAAAUACAGUUUCAGUAUUUGUUACGUAAUUUUUGCCAAUUCUUGAAUCUCUGUGAUAUAUUCUAAUAAUCUCAUAUUAUAUAUAUAUGCUCAAUAUUAGUCCAAUGAAAUUGGCAUAAAAUGAAUUUAAUUAUAGUUUGUAUGGCCAGAUUCUCAAUUGAAGUCAGCCCCAAAAAAUAAGUAUUACUCUAAUAUCAAACUCUGAGAAAUUGCAUUCAUUUAAUUGUUAAUAUUACUGUCUGAUAAUUUAAAGUUGCAGUAGUUUUGCUGUUUGAUAAUAAUUCAGUAUUUUAAUUCAUGCAAAAUUUUAUAAACCUUGUGAUAUGUAAUUAAACUUCAUGCUUCAGCUAUAAUAGAAAGGUACCUUUUUAUAAUUAUUUUGUACUUUGUAGCACUUUUUUAAAAAUAAAAAUGGCUAAUACAUGUUAUAGGCUUAAAACAAACAAGAUCAUCUUGAUAAUUUAUCGCAAAAGAAGAAUGUUACUAUUAUUUAUUUUCUUGUACAAAGUAUAUUGUCGGUGUGUUAAAACUUUGGAACCUUGUUAGUUAGAGAUAUUAAGAUUCUCACUAAAAAAAAUACCUGGAAUACACAUUUUCCAGGUAAUUCUGAAUAACGUGUAUUACCGAAACCUUCGUAAAUCUUAAAAUGAGCGGUUUGAUUUAUCGGUGAUUAGAACAGCUGAUUGACAAGAUUCCAUAAUUAACAGAAAACAAUAAUCUCGCAUAUUUAAUCAUUUAAUGCAUAUCAAACCACUUUGCUCAAGCCUCUUCGCUAUAAUAUCAAUAGGUGAAAGUUAUGUAUUUUAGAAGUUUUUAUUUUAAAGAUUAUAUGUAUAUAUAUAUUUAUUCAGCUGUAGAUAUUGUUAGCUUUUUUGGUUUUUGUUGGUUUUUCUUGUUACCAUUUUCUACCCUAUUCUUUAUCAUCAUCAGUAUUAUUGGUUUCACAGUAUUGUUGAUAACAUAAUUUGUGGUGCACACUUUUGUAUGUAUAUACUCUCGAUGGUUCGUCUAAGGUUGUGUGUCACAAUGACACAGUAUUAUCAUAUUAAAAUAUUAUCAUGUUAAAGUAUAUAUUUCUAUUUUGUACAAAAAUUGAAAUUAAUAUUUCCGUCACAGUAUUUACUGCAUUUUUGUUAAAAAUCAGCUUUGUUAUAUCAAAGAAGCACUUAAUUUUUUAAAAAGAAGAAUCGAUCAUGUAGUCUUGAUAACUUCAUAUCUGUGUAUUUUAACACAAAACUAUUUUCUCUGAAAUAAUAACAGAUGUUAUCAAGAUGACUUAAAAUAUUUCAAAUAAUAUGAAUUUCAUAUAGUUUCAUUUUUAAAGAAAAAAUCAGCACUGAUGCUUCACUAUCAGAAAUAAAAAUUCUCUUUCAAAUUCCCUCACUUUCAAAUUAUUUAACACUUUCAUUUCACUUGAAGUUAUUUGACUGUAUUUGAUUUAUUUCAGUAUUUCAUGAUCUACAAAUUGUUCCUUAAAAUUGUACAAGCAAGGAGCGAAAAGGAGUGUUGUUUGCUAGCUUGACUUGUACACAAUUUCCUAUUAGAAAUUGUUUUUCUACCAGACCUGAAUACAAUCAGUUGAAUUACAUAAAUGUGAAUUUCCAUAACUGUGAUACCUAUGAGUUGUUUUUAUGUGUUUUAAGGCAACAAAUAGAUUGUUAAAAUUGAU